UAAACCCAGUGACACAGUCCAUUUGAGAUGUCCGAAAUCCAUAAUUAUAAUCAAAGUCGACCCAGCAGCACACGUGGCAGUGAUUAUGUGUGGCAGUAUGAAUAUUAUGAUGAUGACGAGCCCGUGUCUUUCGAGGGUCUCAAGGCUCAUCGAUACUCCAUCGUCAUCGGCUUCUGGGUGGGACUAGCCGUGUUCGUCGUCUUCAUGUUCUUCAUCCUCACCCUGCUGACCAAGACAGGAGCCCCGCACCAAGAAAACCCGGAUCCGUGCGAGAAGCGCCACCGGCUGGGGAACUGCGUCGUGGACAUCCACUGCCCCCAGGGGGACUCCCUGGCCGACGAGGACAAGGCCUUCUCGCGCCCCCUUCUGGACGAAUCACGCUCCUUCUUCUACAUCAGCAAGGAGAAGCAGGGGAGAGGGGGUGGAUGUGGGCCGCAUAGGGUCCGUGGGAGUCUGGGAGGACGCAGCUCCUUCGGGUUGGAGGAGAUGGGGGAGGCGGGGGAAGCCAGCAAGCGGGGAGACGACGGUAUCGACCUCCAGGGACUUCCAGAGGAGGGAAAGUCAGAGAGGGAACACAGCUUCCUGUCGCACCACUUCGACAUUCCCAACUUUGUGAAUUCAGAGGACAGCUCAAUGACGGGAGAGGAUGAUCUGCUGCUCUGUGAGCCGCCCACCCUCCUGGACAGCCAAUCGUGUGUUCAGGAUGGCCACCACGUAAUCAGCUGAGGCCCCGCCCCCUCCAAAUCAAAUCAAAUUUAUUUAUAUAGCCCUUCGUACAUCAGCUGAUAUCUCAAAGUGCUGUACAGAAACCCAGCCUAAAACCCCAAACAGCAAGCAAUGCAGGUGUAGAAGCACGUCAUUGACAUCAUUAUUGGAGAUAUGUUACCAUAGCUGCUAAUGAAUUGCAAUACUUGAGUUCCAAAUGGCCUCUUCUCAUUUCUUUUAUAGGAGUGUGGACUAACAGGUACUGUAAAGUCACACUGACCUCACCCAUGACUACCAGCAUUGUGUUCAUUAGGGCAUACAACAAAAAACAUUUUGCAACAUAAAAACAAACAUUUGUGUUUCUUAAUGGACAAUUCCAGUUAGUCCCGCCCUGUUUCAGUCCAUUUUCCUGUGUUUGGUGCCUCAUGAACAUGACCUAGCUCUUUUCCAUCUGGCUAUUGGCUGGAAAUACUCUCUACAAACCACCAUCAGCCCCUGGUGAACCUUACUUGUUAGCUUGUACUAAUAGGUUGACACAGGGUGACAUUGUUUUCUGCAAGGGAGAAUAUUCUCAAGUGGAAACUGCAGCGUCUUUUUUUAAACCUUUAUUUAAUUAAGCAAGUUUAGUUAAGAACAAAUUCUUAUUUACAAUGAUGGCCUAGGAACAUUGGGUUAACUGCCUUGUUCAGGGGCAGAACGACAGCUUUCUACGUUGUCAGCUCGGGGAUUCGAUCUAGCAACCUCCCGGUUACUAGUCCAAUGCUCUAACCACUAGGCUUCCUGCCGCACCAAACCAUCACAAACCAUUACAUUAUCUUAAUGGCUAACUCAUGAAUUCAUUUUAUAAGUAUGGGCUGGAUGACACUACACUGGAGAGAUGAGAUGCCUCUUUAUGAGAAACCAUCUCAUAAAGAUUGAAUGAAAAAGCAGAGAGGGGGUUGGAGUAGAGCGAGAGAGAGAGAGAGAGAGAGAGACUGUGUGGAAUACAUAUUUAUGAACACUUGUCUUCCGUUGCCCUUGUCGUAUCUUGACUGAGAAAUGUUCCAGACAGAAACAUCAUCAGACACUAAAGAAGCAGGUUCUAAAUGUAUAAA